GUCAACCUCAAGUACUCGGUGGAGGAGGAGCAGCGGGCCGGCACGGUGAUCGCCAACGUCGCCAAGGACGCCCGGGACGCCGGUUUUGUGCUGGACCCCCGUCAGCCCACCGCCUUCCGGGUGGUCUCAAACUCGGCCCCCCAUCUGGUGGACAUCAGCCCCGGGUCGGGGCUGCUGGUGACCAAGCAGAAGAUCGACCGGGACCUGCUGUGCCGGCAGAGCCCCAAGUGCAUCAUCUCGCUGGAGGUGAUGUCGAGCUCCAUGGAGAUCUGCGUGAUCAAGCUGGAGAUCAAGGAUCUCAAUGACAAUGCGCCCAGUUUCCCCACUGACCAGAUUGAGCUGGAGAUCUCAGAGACGGCUAGCCCGGGCACCCGCGUGCCGCUGGAGAGUGCCUACGACCCAGACUCAGGCAGCUUUGGAGUGCAGAGCUAUGAGAUCACCCCCAAUGACCUCUUUGGGCUGGAGACCAAGACACGGGGUGAUGGGUCCCGAUUUGCCGAGCUGGUGGUGGAGAAGAGCCUGGACCGUGAGACCCAGUCCCACUACAGCUAUGUGAUCACGGCGCUGGACGGUGGCGACCCUCCCAACUUCGGCACAGUGGAGCUCAGCAUUCGCGUCAUCGACUCCAAUGACAACAACCCGCUCUUCGAGGAGCCGGCCUACACUGUCAGCGUGCCUGAAAACGCCCCGCCGGGCACACCAGUCAUCCGCCUCAAUGCCUCUGACCCGGACGAGGGCACCAACGGCCAGGUCCUCUACUCUUUCCACAGCUACGUCUCCGAGCGAGCCCGGGAGCUCUUCCAAAUCGACCCCCAGAGCGGCCUCAUCACAGUGAGUGGUGCCAUUGACUAUGAGGAGGGUCACGUCUACGAGCUGGAUGUUCAGGCCAAGGACUUGGGGCCUAACUCCAUCCCUGCCCAUUGCAAAGUGACCGUCAGCAUCCAGGAUGCCAACGACAACCCGCCCCUCAUCAACCUGCUCUCCGUUAACAGCGAGCUGGUGGAGGUGAGCGAGAACGCCCCACCGGGAUACGUCAUCGCCCUGGUGCGGGUCUCGGACCGUGACUCCGGGGCCAAUGGGCGGGUGCAGUGCAAGCUCCUGGGCAACGUGCCUUUUCGGCUCCAGGAGUACGAGAGCUUCUCCACCAUCCUGGUGGAUGGGCGACUGGACCGGGAGCAGAGGGACCAGUACAACCUCACCAUCCAGGCCAAGGACAAUGGUGUCCCCUCCCUGCAGGCCACGAAGUCCUUCACCGUCAAGAUCACCGAUGAGAAUGACAACCAUCCCCACUUCUCCAAGCCCUAUUACCAGGUCAUUGUGCAGGAGAACAACACCCCGGGGGCCUACCUCCUCUCAGUCUCGGCCAGGGACCCUGACCUGGGCCUCAAUGGCAGUGUCUCCUACCAGAUCGUGCCCUCCCAAGUCAGGGACAUGCCUGUCUUCACCUAUGUCUCCAUCAACCCCAACUCUGGAGAUAUCUAUGCUUUGAGGUCUUUCAAUCAUGAACAGACGAAGGCCUUUGAGUUCAAGGUCUUGGCAAAAGAUGGGGGUAAUCCCUCUCUGCAGAGCAAUGCCACCGUGAGAGUGAUUGUCCUGGAUGUCAAUGACAACACCCCUGUGAUCACGGCCCCGCCGCUGGUCAACGGGACCGCAGAGGUGUACAUCCCCAGGAACGCGGGGGUUGGCUACUUGGUGACAGUGGUCAAGGCAGACGACUAUGAUGAGGGUGAAAAUGGCAGACUUUCCUAUGAAAUGGUGGAAGGAGACAGAGGAUUUUUUGAGAUAGACCAGGUCAGUGGGGAGAUAAGGACCACCAGAGCCUUUGGGGAGAACGCAAAGACAGCCUACGAGCUGAUUGUGGUGGCUCAUGACCAUGGAAAAACAUCUCUCUCGGCUUCUGCCUUGAUUUUGAUAUACCUGUCUCCAGCCCUGGAUGCCCAGGAGUCCAUAGGAUCUGUUAACCUCUCCCUGAUUUUCAUUAUUGCCCUGGGGUCUAUCGCAGCCAUUCUUUUUGUCACCAUGAUCUUCGUGGCAGUCAAGUGCAAAAGGGAUAACAAGGAAAUCAGGACCUAUAACUGCAGAAUUGCAGAAUACUCCUACGGGCAUCAAAAGAAGUCAAGCAAGAAGAAGAAAAUCAGCAAGAACGAUAUCCGCCUGGUGCCGCGAGACGUGGAAGAGACGGAUAAAAUGAACGUUGUGAGCUGCUCCUCUCUCACUUCAUCCCUCAACUACUUUGACUACCACCACGGCUCCAACCACAUUUACCAUCACACCUUCACGGGGCAGAGCCCCCAGCAGCCCGACCUCAUCAUCAACGGGAUGCCGCUGCCAGAGACUGAAAACUACUCCUUUGAUUCCAACUACGUGAAUAGCAGAGCUCAUUUAAUAAAAAGCAGCUCCACGUUCAAGGACUUGGAAGGGAACAGUCUGAAGGACAGCGGCCAUGAGGAGAGCGACCAGACGGACAGCGAGCACGACGUGCAGCGGGGCCUCUAUUGUGACACGGCCGUCAAUGACGUGCUGAACACCAGCGUCCCCUCCAUGGGGUCUCAGGGCCCUGAGCAAGAUCAGAGCGAAGGAUUUCAUUGCAGGGAGGAGUGCCGCAUCCUGGGCCACUCGGACAGGUGCUGGAUGCCCCGUGGCGCUGUCCCCAGCCGCGCCAAGUCCCCCGAGCAUGGGAGAAACGUCAUCGCCCUCUCCAUCGAGGCGACGGCGGUGGACGCGGAGCCUUAUGCAGACUGCAGCACAAAAAGGACCUUCGCCACCUUCGGCAAAGAGGGCGGCGAGCCCCUCGCCGACGAGCGGCUCGCCAACCCCAAAGGCAAAAGAACGGUGGACCCGGCCGCCUGCAGCCCCAAGGUGAGCGGUGCCGGCCGCGAGGCGGGCAACGGUUGCGAGGCCGUCAGCCCCGUCACCUCGCCCCUCCACCUGAAGAGCCCUUUGUCCGGCAAGCCGGCGGCACCGUACAGCGCUGGGCACUGCGCUGGCAACCGGGAACGGGAGCCCUUUGGGAACAGUGGCCCUUCCCGGCCAACGGAGGCAGAGCCCCGGGGGGCGGACAGUGAGAGCAGUGGGCAGGAGGGCAACCCGCUUCUGCAGGAACGCCGGGAAAAGGACUCGCCCAGCGCCCGGAGACUAAAAGACAUCGUCCUCUGA